AUUUGUGGAUGACGAACAAGGAAAUGUAUAUGGCAUUCAGGAGCAGACCGGUUGUUUAGCUUUUAUUUAAGAUAAUUUACCGGUUGUAGUCAUGCAAACGUGGAGUUCGGUUUCCAUUUGUGUGUUGCUUGCUGUUGUUGUGAGAUGGGGCGUUUCCUUAAAUUCAUAUUCAGGGGCGGGAAAACCUCCCAUGUUUGGCGACUAUGAAGCUCAAAGGCACUGGCAAGAAGUGACCUACAACCUCCCUCCCCAGGAAUGGUACUUCAACACCACUGAGAAUGACUUGAUGUACUGGGGUCUUGACUACCCCCCUUUGACUGCCUACCACAGCCUGAUCUGUGCCUACGUGGCCAAGUCGAUAAACCCUGAAUGGGUGGAGCUUCACAAAUCCAGAGGUUAUGAAAGUCCAAAGCACAAGUUAUUCAUGAGAGCUACAGUCCUGGUGGCAGAUUUGAUUUUAUUCAUCCCUGCUGUGGUUUUGUACUGUUUUUAUCUGACUGAUGGAUCCUCCAAAAAGAAGGUGUCCACUCUGUUCUGCUUCCUUCUUUACCCCGGUCUGAUUCUCAUUGACUACGGACAUUUCCAGUACAAUGCAGUGAGUCUGGGCUUUGCCCUGUGGGGGGUCCUGGCUCUGGGUCUGGGCUGGGAUGCUUUGGGCUCCUUGGCCUUUUGUCUGGCUCUAAACUACAAACAGAUGGAGCUGUACCAUGCUCUGCCCUUCUUCUGCUACCUGCUGGGGAAGAGUGUCCAACUGGGCCUGAUGGGGCGAGGGCUUUUCCUGCUGGGGAGAAUUGCUUCAACAGUGCUGGGGACCUUUGCCCUCUGCUGGCUGCCCUUCCUGUCUGACCCCGAUCACGCCAUGCAGGUGGUCAGGAGGAUCUUUCCUGUGGCUCGCGGCUUGUUUGAGGAUAAGGUGGCGAACACAUGGUGCAGCUUAAACGCCCUGAUAAAGUUCCGAUCCAUUCUAUCCAGUGACUCCCAGGUCUACUUCAGCCUUGCCUGCACUCUCCUGGCAGUGCUACCGUCCUGCGUUAGACUGAUGACAAAGCCCACCUUCUGGCACUUUAAACUGGCCUUGGCGAAUUCGUCUUUGGCGUUUUUUCUCUUUUCCUAUCAAGUCCACGAGAAGUCCAUCCUCCUGGUUGCCUUGCCGGUCUGCCUCCUGCUGAAUGACCUCCCCCUGGUGGCCGUUUGGUUCCUGCAUGCGUCUACAUUCAGCAUGAUGCCGCUCUUCCUGAGGGACGGUCUGCUGGUGCCUUACGCUGUGACCUCGCUGGCCUUCCUGUUCUUCAGCAUCUAUUUACUGUCUCCACUGGAGCAGUGUUCAGAGGAGCAGCUGCGACUGGGAGCCUACCGCAAGCUGCUUUUCUUCCUCCCCAAACUGGACCUGGCCCGCAUCGUGAGAUGGAAGUUCUACAUCAGCGUCGCGGCGAUGGCGGCUCUGAGCUUUGUGACCGCCGCUCUGGUUCCUCCACCACAUCUCCCUGACUUGUUUCCUCUGUUGGUGACUUCUACCGCUUUCCUGCAGUUUUUGGGAACAUUUAUAUAUUUCAAUAUUGUCCAGUUCAGCGAGCCACCAAGCAGGAAGAGCCAGAAGAAGAAGAAGAACUGACGGAGCCAGCGGCACAUUUCUGUUUAAGCUCGCAUUCCUUCAGAGAGGCCAGUGAUGCACCUUUGUUCACAUCUGCUCUCUAAAGACAUCUAGUGCUAAUAAUCAAAAGGAAAUGGAUUGGCGAAAAGUCCGUUUUCAUGAAUAAAUGACAGAUGCUGAUCCUGCAUUGUUGUAGUUUCGGACAUCUUCUGGUUUUAGGCUGCUGCUCAGGACAAUAAAGGUGAUUGGACUUCGCCUUCUGACAGUCAUUGACUAAAUGAUUAGCUGAUAUGCAUAUUAAUAAGGAAUCUUUAGGUACAACCCUACAUACAUACUUCUUUAAUAGAUGUUUUCCCCCUGAAAAGAUAUGAUAUAGUAUACAUAUAGAGUAUGGACCGAUUCAUAAAAUCAGUCCCUUUUUGUUAUUACCAGAUCUCGAUCUGUAUUUUGGCUUAGACCAAUGAUACUUAACUCUUCAAACCUUAAUGGAACAAGUACAAACAUUGUGCGGCCUUCACAUAUGAACGUUGAUGGCUCUGUAUACUGGUGGCCUCAUUAAUAUAAGAACAACGCCUGUUGAGAGGUUUACUCAUGGUUUCAUUUUGUGGUCACUUUUAAAGCCAUAGUUUGUGGUGGUGCUAAACUUAUUGAUAUUGAGGGUGUUCCUGUUGUCUUGUCCACCCUCAGUACCUACUGUUGGUAUUGUUCGAUACCCAUACUGGAUGGGACUGGUCCCAGCUCUAGAGGUAACUGUUGGUCAUAAUUCACGUGAAUAUUUUUUUUACUGUUUUCUACAGUCAUUCAUUUUAAUCCAAAGUUGAAUUUCUUUUGUACAAACCUAGUUUUUGUGAAAAUAAAUAAAAUUCCUCAAUGA